UGUGCGGCUGUCACCCAUAUGCAUUAGAGCAGCUGCGGGGGUGGAUAGCUGCGUUAUUCGUAGCCGACUGACGAUGAAUAAAUAAAUAAAUAAACGUAAGCUAUUCGCCGAGAUGUGCUUUUUGUUCGUUGGGCAAGCCGUUGUUAUAAACUAAUUGGUAUAAAUUUACCAAUCGGAUGCGACUGCAAACUGGCAACCGGUCCAUCACAGGUAGCUGGCGAGCUAAGCUAGCUAACCUAGCUGUUUUUACUGUCGUAUUGGGCUAGGAUGCUUCAGUUGUAAUUGUCUAGGUUAGCUAACGGAUUUCGUUUCAGUUCGCAAUCAUUUAGCUAACAUAGGUUAGCUACCUGUGGUCACAGCCUCUAAGAACUGCGAUUAUUUUUUUUUUAAACCACAGACUAGUGAUUCUCUACCAUUAACUUAUUUGAACACAAACACUACAAUCCCAUCAGUGUCGGCGGAGAAGUGAAUACACGGGACGAAGGAGGGUGGGGGCAGGGAAAGCGGGGGCCACCUGGCGGCAAGAAAGCGAAAGCCCAGUUCUCCCCCAGCGAGUGUUUGUAACUGUAAGCUGAGACGUCCUUGGCGAUGUCUACCAUGGUGUACCCGCAUGAGGAGGCCCUGGAGCGGCUCACGCAGGACGAGAUCGUGCUGAACACCAAGGCAGUGAUGCAGGGCCUGGAGACACUGCGUGGCGAGCACGCCCAGCUCCUCAGCUCCCUGCUGGAGUGUUCCCAGCCGCCCGCCGCGCAGGAGAAAUCCGGCCUGCUCCGCAAGAGCCUGGAGGCCAUCGAGCUGGGUCUGGGCGAGGCGCAGGUGAUGAUUGCACUGUCAGGUCACUUGAGUGCGGUGGAGUCAGAGAAGCAGAAGCUGCGUGCGCAGGUGCGGCGCCUGUGCCAGGAGAACCAGUGGCUGCGGGACGAGCUGGCCAACACGCAGCACAAACUGCAGCGCAGUGAGCAGAACGUGGCUCAGCUUGAGGAGGAGAAGAAGCACCUGGAGUUCAUGAGCCAGAUCCGCAAGCUGGACGAUGACGGCGCCUCGCCGGCCGACGACAAGCCUGCCGACAAGGACAGGGACAAGGACAGCCUGGAUGACCUGUUCCCCAAUGACGACGACCAGGGACCAGCCCAGCCCAGCGGUGAGGUGGCCGCCCAGCAGGGCGGCUACGAGAUCCCCGCACGUCUCCGCACCCUACACAACCUGGUGAUUCAGUACGCAUCGCAGGGCAGGUACGAGGUAGCCGUGCCCCUCUGCAAGCAGGCUCUGGAGGACCUAGAGAAGACCUCGGGCCACGACCACCCCGACGUCGCCACCAUGCUCAACAUCCUCGCCCUUGUCUACAGGGACCAGAAUAAGUACAAAGAGGCAGCCCACCUGCUGAACGACGCCCUGGCUAUUCGGGAGAAGACCCUUGGCAAGGACCACCCAGCCGUGGCUGCCACCCUCAACAACCUGGCCGUACUCUACGGCAAGCGGGGCAAAUACAAGGAGGCCGAGCCCCUGUGCAAGAGGGCACUGGAGAUCAGGGAGAAGGUGCUGGGGAAGUACCACCCAGACGUGGCCAAGCAACUGAACAACCUUGCCCUGCUGUGCCAGAACCAGGGCAAGUACGAGGAGGUGGAGUACUAUUACCGCCGUGCGCUGGAGAUCUACGAAAGCAAGCUGGGGGCAGACGACCCCAACGUGGCUAAGACCAAGAACAACCUGGCGACCUGUUACCUAAAGCAGGGCAAGUUUAAGGACGCAGAGGCCCUCUACAAGGAAAUCCUGACCCGCGCGCACGAGAAGCAGUUUGGAUCAGUCAACAAUGACAACAAGCCCAUUUGGAUGCACGCAGAAGAGAGAGAGGAGAGCAAGGGUAAGAAGAAGGACUCUGGUCCCUAUGGAGAGUAUGGCAGCUGGUACAAGGCCUGUAAAGUGGACAGUCCCACGGUCACCAACACCCUGAGGAGCCUGGGGGCGCUCUACCGGCGCCAGGGCAAACUGGAGGCGGCUGAGACCCUGGAGGAGUGUGCCACAAAGAACCGCAAACAGGGUAUAGAUGCAAUUAACCAGAGUAAGGUAGUGGAGUUGCUCAAGGAUGGUGCCCCCAGUGGAGACCGACGGCAGUGCAGAGAAAGUCUGAAUGGCCCCAGCGGCCAGCGUGGGGACUCUGAGGUUGACGAGGCAGAGUGGAACGGGGACGGCAGCGGCUCUCUGCGUCGGAGUGGCUCCUUCGGGAAGAUCCGGGAUGCUCUGCGGCGAAGCAGUGAGAUGCUGGUGAAGAAACUGCAGGGCAGUGGCCCCCAGGAGCCACGCAACCCAGGGAUGAAGAGGGCAAGUUCUCUGAACUUCCUCAACAAGAGCAUGGAAGAGACAUCACAGGAAGCAAACAGUGGCCUAUCUGAGUGUAGAGGACUGAGUGCCAGCAAUGUGGACCUUUCAAGGCGAAGCUCUCUGAUUGGUUAAAUAGUGAUCUUGGGCUGUGCGAGGGCAGUGCCCAAGAUGAGAGGCUGUUUGCCUUGCAUUAUUGAAUCAGACCUUGCUAAGUCAUUUUUCUUUACAACAUUUUCAUAAGAGUAAAAAUGUCUUUAAUUUGACAUCACCAAUGUCAUAUCAAGUAGCUAUGUCUGCUUUGCUGUAAAACUAUGCUGACCUUGAUCAAAUGAACAACACGAGCAGAGACAUUUCCCGCCCACAGAUUAAGCCGGGUGUGUGGCUGAACUGCACUAAGCUGUUGAUGCAGGCUCUCCACUGAAACGGUCCAGGACCGGGCAGAAACUGUGGCCGGGAAAUCAGAUAAUCCAGCAUGCUGCUUUCUGGACUGGAUGUCUAAUUAGAGACAUCUGGUAGAAACGUAGAGUCAUGGCAUGGUCUGAACAGAAAAAAACAUGUUAGAAUAGCAUCUCAUAUAACAAAAAGUCAUUCAAGAAUCACUGUACGUAAUUGCAAACAUUUUACCUUAAUUAGUCAUAAUCAGAAUGCUCUUUAGGGACAUAAUAUAUACACGUAUAUCAAACUAUGUUGCGUGUCUACUGCGUUAGUGGCAUGGACCCUGCCAAUGCAAAUGUCACAAACACAGUCACAAAGGUAAAAUGGUACGUAAAUUCUGACUUUGGUCACAGAUCCACACACAAUUAAGUAGAUAAUGACAGAAGACUUCAGAAAACAACAGGAAAGAAUAGUCUUCACUUUGAAAUGACAAGAUUUAAAUAACUAUAGUGGUGACUGGUGAAAAUUCACUUUUGCCUUUUGAGUUUUAUGUAUAUAUGGGUUUAAAUUAUUGAAAUUAUUUUGGUGUUUUCCUUUUUUGUAAAUAUCGCACAGGAGGUUUUGUUUACACAGUAGAGAGGAAGUGGAUCUUUGUUUGAAUUAACUGGAAACAAAGUUAGCUACAAAUGAAGGAAUUGCAGACAAAAAAAAAACUUGUUUUUGUGAUUAAUUCUGAGGAAAGCACUACUUGGGUAUGCAUUUUAUCAAAUGUGAAGGGCAAAACUGAACAUUGAGACAAGCCGAAUAUCCGGUGAGGCUUGUUGUGUUGAACUCUUGUAUUUGUUUGUCUUUUUCUUUGUCUCCUUCAUGCUGGCUAAUGUCCAAAAUUCUGUUAUAAAACUGGACUGUAGGUAUAGUUGUGUGUCUGUUUAUUUGUGGCAGACAGUUUUAAUAUUUAGUGCAAGCAUAUUUAAUGUCUUUUUGUUCGAUUUCCUUGUACAGGAUUCGUCAGGCCCAUAUAUAUAAAAUUAAAAAUGAGUCCAAUCACUGAGGGGGCAUGAUUUCCAUGGUUACAAUUCAAAAGGUUUUUUCCUCCUCCUAAUUACAUGGAAUUAUAUGAACAUUAACCAUCUGUUCACCUGCCAAAACAAGUUUGAUGAAAUUCAAAAUGUUUGCAGUGUUGUCAUGCACUGAUGCACUUGCUUUGUCACUUGAGUAACAGACUGUUAACAUCUGCCUGUGUCGGUAGGAGAUGCUAGUGCAUUAUUAUAUGGCUUUGCUUUUGCACCGCCUUUAUCAGAAAAGGCUUAUUGUAACCAAGGAAAAACCUAAAGAGAUACCUAGUCAUACAGCUGUAUUAUGUACCACAAGGGAGAAGUGUAGUUCAGUUUGGUUUUGAUCACACCGGGCAAUAACAGUGGUAACAGAGUUAUAUACAGAGCUAAAGGCAGAGACGUUUAUUUAUGAGCACAAUUGAAUGUGCUAAAAAGAAAAAAAGUUCAGUCAGAAGAAUGCAGAAGAAAGGAUCUGUCGACUGCAGCAAAUUUCUUGGGUUGUCCUUUGUCUUUCCUACUUUGCGCGUGCACCCACAUUUAUGCAGUAGCCCUUUGCUUUGUAAAUGGUAACGUCUUAGUCCAAGCAUUUCCUAUCCAGCAUAGGGUUCUGCUAAGUGGUGUGUUUGCCGAUGUGAAUCUAGCUUCAGGCUCCACUCCUCAAGGCCUUCUCUGAGCUGCAUGUCACUGACCUGAUCAUGCCCAGCCGCUGCACGGACACAGCCACCGCAACCUGCCUUCCUCUGACACCUUAGAUUAUCAAACACUUCAUGCGCUGUGAAGGGGAAAGUGCUGCUCAGUGUAGGAGCUUCUCUGAGAACUACUUUAAUGGCAGACAGCUUUAUGUGCUGACCUGAAAUUUGUUUUCUCCAACCAUAUUCCAUUCUAAACCAUCAUCAGACACACCACAGUACUGUCCUUAAGCCAGCAGCAGAGUUCAGCACAUCUCCCCAACACUUUAGAAUGCGGUCGUGCUGAUUUAUGUGGUUUAGGGGGUGGAGUUAGCCAAGUGCUCUUCAAAGGUUUUGCUUGUGAGGGGGCCAACCUCGUGUAUUUCAUAUAAAAGGUUCAAAAUUAAUAAAAAAGUCUUUUCAAACCAA